UCUACCACUUCCCGAAUACAAUGUCCAAGCCAGCCAUCGGAUUCGUCGGCCUAGGAGCCAUGGGCUUCGGCAUGGCCACCCACCUCGUGAAAGAAGGCUACGCCGUGCACGGCUACGACGUCUUCCCGGCCUCGAUCGAGCGCUUCAGCGCAGCUGGAGGCAUCCCCGCGGCGUCGUUGCGCGCCUCCGCCGAAGACAAACCCUUCUACGUAUGCAUGGUCGCCUCAGCACCGCAAGUCGAGAGCGUGCUCUUCGACUCGGAGGACGGAAUCGCCCAAUCCCUCCCACGAAACGCAACCCUCCUCAUAAUGUCCACCAUUCCCGCCAGCACAGCACAAUCCCUCACCGAACGCCUCCACACCACGCACAAUCGACCAGACAUCCACGUCGUCGACGCCCCCGUCUCAGGCGGCGCCAAGCGCGCCGCAGACGGCACCCUUUCGAUAAUGGCCGGCGGAACAACGGCCGCGCUCGAGGCCGCCACGCCGCUCCUCUCCACCCUUUCCGCCCCCGGCAAGCUAUACCUCGUACCCGGCGGCAUCGGCGCGGGAAGCAACAUGAAGAUGGUGCACCAGGUGCUAGCGGCGAUCCAUAUCCUAGGCGCCAGCGAAGUGCAGGGCCUCGCGGCGCGGCUGGGGCUCGAUGCGCACGCCACGGCUGAGAGGAUCAUUCGCGGGCCCGGGGCGGCGUGGACGUGGAUGCAUGAGAACCGGUCGCCGAGGAUCCUGGGUGGUGAGUCCGAGUGGAAGCCGGGCGUUUCGGCCGUUACCAUUAUUUUGAAGGAUGCGGGCAUAAUCACGACCUCGGCUCGCGAACACCACUUCCCGACACCGCUGUGCACAACAGCCGAGCAGAUCUACCUCUCUGCGCUGCUGCAGGGGUACGGAAGCCACGAUGACGCCGCGCUAGUGAGGCAGUAUUUCGGUGGUGCGGUGGCGGAGGUGGAUGCCGCUGGUUUAGCUGCCGAGGAGAAGGAGGAGCGCACGAGGCUCGUGCUUGAUCUGAUGGAGGCCGUCAAUCUGGUUGCGGCGGCUGAGGCUAUUGCGUUUGCGCGGUUCCUGGGCGUGGAUCUGCACCAGUUCUAUGGGCUUGUUCGUGAGGCUGCGGGCGGUAGUAGGGUGUUUGUUACGCAGGGACUGGAGAUGAUUGAGGGCCGCGUCGCGGAGAAGGCGCCGGCUGGGGCGGAGACGGUCGAUGCGCUUGUUGCGCGCUUGGAGGCUGCUGUGCAGAGGGCUAGGGAUUUGCAUUGUCCGUUGUAUUUGGGGAAUGCGGCGUUGGGGGUGUUGUCCUUGGCUAGGAGGGCGGGGUUGGGUGCUUUUAGUUCUACGGCUGUUGUGGGCUUGUAUGACGGGGUGCUGGGGAAGUUAUGA